AUGAAGUGGACAUUGGCUUCCCUCGUGACUCUUGCUGCGCCGGCCCUUGCAUUGGACUGUCACUGUUUGCCCAGUGAUAGCUGUUGGCCUGCGCCGUCGGUUUGGGCCUCCCUGAACGGCACAGUUGGUGGUCGUCUUGUUGCGACCAUACCAAUUGGGAGCCCCUGUCAUGAACCCAACUACGAUGCUGUCGCCUGCGCGGUGCUCAAGAAGAGCUGGACCACCCCCGAGCCCCAUUUGGACUCCUCUUCGUCGGUCAUGCAGACGUACUUUGCCAACCAAACUUGUGACCCAUUUACCGCCAAGUCCCAGCCAUGCCGCCUCGGUAAUUACGUGAACUACGCCGUGAAUGUCUCUUCCAGCGAUCAGGUUAUUGCGGCGGUGAACUUUGCCCGUGAGCACAAUAUCCGCUUCGUUAUCCGGAAUACCGGCCAUGAUUAUCUCGGCCGUUCAACCGGUGCUGGUGCCCUCUCCGUGUGGACUCACCACUUGAGUGAUAUCGAGUACACGGACUGGUCUGGCCCGACCUACCAGGGUCCUGCAUUCAAGAUCGGUGCCGGGGUGGUUGGUUACCAGAUCCUCGAGGCCGCAUCUGCCAAGGGCCUCGUCGUUGUCACGGGGGAGUGCCCUACGGUCGGUCUCGCAGGUGGGUACACCCAAGGCGGCGGCCACUCCGCUCUCAGCACCAACUUCGGUCUUGGGGCCGAUAACACCUUGGAGUUCGAGGUUGUUACCGCUGCUGGAAAUUUGGUCACAGCCUCGCGCUCCGAGAAUGCCGAUCUCUUCUGGGCACUGAGCGGUGGUGGUGCCGGCAACUACGGUGUUGUGAUGUCAGUGGUGGUCCAGGCACACAAAGACGCGCCCAUUGCCGGUGCUUCUCUAGAGUUCACUGCGGCCAACAUCACCACCGAUACCUUCUACGAGGCCGUUUCGAAGUUCCACUCGCUUUUGCCCGCCAUGGUCGACCGGGGUGUCACUGUCAUCUACCAGAUGACCUCGAGCAUCUUCCUCAUCAACCCCAUCACAGCCUACAAUCAGACCGCUGAUGAUGUUCAAGCGAUCCUCGCACCCUUCACCUCGGAACUUACCAAACUUCACAUUCAGUACCAAGCUAGCUUCAGCCAGCACGCCACGUACUAUGAUCACUACAACAAGUACAUGGGCCCUCUUCCCUGGGGCAACCUCGCCGUGAGCUCCUACCAGUACGGCGGUCGUCUGAUCCCCCGCCAGAUCCUGGAGCAGAACCCCAGCGGCAUGGCUUCGGCAUUGCGCAACCUCACUCAGGCGGGUGUAGUCGCUGUUGGAGUCGGAAUGAACGUCUCAGCCCCGGGCAAUGUCUCGAACGCUGUAUUCCCAGCCCUGCGCAACGCAGCAGUGACGAUGCAAAUCGGCACCCCCUGGAAUGAGACUGCACCUUGGUCCAAGAUGCUUGCGGAGCAACACAAGAUGACGACCGAAUACGUGCCUCAGCUCGAAGCUGUCACGCCCGACAGCGGUUGUUACCAGAAUGAAGCUGAUUUCCGCCAGCCGAACUGGAAGCAGACCUUCUUCGGAAGCAACUAUCCCCGUCUGCUCGCUGUCAAGCGCAAGUGGGAUCCAUCCUCGCUUUUCUAUGCCCUCAAGGCUGUUGGCAGUGAUGUCUGGUCUGUGUCUGAGUCGGGGCGGAUGUGUCGCGCUUAA